UGUUUUUCAAUUGAGUAUGUUGGAAUCUACAGCUGUGUAUAUAAGUACUUUCAUUAAAAAAUCUUGGAAUUGCAGUGAAAUAAUUGUUGCAGUAAAUGUUAUUAAUUAAAAAAAAUGUUUCUUGAAUUGAACCCAACAAAACAAUGUUUAAAAAACUUAACCAAUACAAACGAUUCAAUGUCAAAGCAAUCAAUUUAUGAUUAUUCAAUAUUUGAGCAUUGCUUUUCAAUUACAAAAAAUCAUAUGCACAGAAAGAUAAGUUUUUUGGGUUUCCAAUGAGAGCCUACUGUAAAGUGUACAUUAUAAGAUACGAAGUCCAGUAACCUAUUUGUCAGGGCUAGAGUGUUUACAAGUCAUACUUUUCAGAAAUACUUACUAUAAGCGUUUUUUUUCGAGUAGCAGAAUUGCAAAUUUUGAGGUGAAACUAAUAUUAAAGGGUUUAAACUUUUGCGAACAAUUUGACCAAAAAGACAAGAUGCAAUUUUCGGCCCAUAAUAUAAAGAAUCUUGUGCAAACUUAUACAUCACUAGGCGUGAUUAAAAACAUACAACUUUCCAUGGAAUUAUUUCAUCCAAUCUUAUUUUCUGCGACGGAACUGAUUGGGACAAUGCGGUUCGCAUAAUUCGAUUUGCACUUAUCGGAACAUUUUUCCUGUAAGAUCCAGCCAAAGACGUGCGCCAACACACCCUCCUAAAUAAUACUUAUGACAGAGACAACGACGUACUGAAACCAAAGGGAAUGGAUACAACUGUAUAAGAACGUACUGAGUAAUCAACCACAUCCACAUCUCUCAGGCAGUCGCCAUAUUGAAUAGGACCACUGCGGAGUCAAAAUGUGGUACGAGUUUGCUUCUUUAUAUACGUGUAUUGCGUCGCAUUAAAAUGAUUAGAGAAGCGCAUUGAAGUUAACGUUAAAGCCUCGGGUUAAGUGACAAGAUUUAAAGGAAAGUGACGCAGGAUCAUGGAAACAUAGAGUCUUUGAAAAGAAAUAGAACAGAACACUCGUCUGUCCUGUUUCUUUCGACACUCCCUUCUUUCCUAAGUUGCGAUUAUAGCUGAAGUGAUGGAAAUUGAAUACAAAGUAAUCUGUGAUAAGCGUCGACUACGUCAACAGGAAUUGGCGAAGUAGGUACGUUCUUCAGUGUGGCAUUCAUUGAAGGAGAGUGGCAAGAUGCCUGCUCCUCCGCCUCCACCUCCUCCAGGCCCUCCUCUGCCUUCUGCUGGUCACCAGGGUGGAGGAGAUGAUGGCCGGAGUAUGCUCCUGGAAUCCAUUAGGAAAGGAAAAGCUCUGAAGAAAACCACAACAGUUGAUCGGAGUGCUCCUGCUAACGCAGGGAAAGUGUGUGGAUCUGAAGCUCGUGUGCCUAGUAACAGCUCAAGCGGAAGUGUUCGAGGUGGAAGUGGUCAUGUACAUUCUAAACUAGGUUCAAGUGGUGGUGGAAGCAAUGGCUUAAUGGGUGGACUAAUGUUAGAUGGAAUACCUAAAUUGAGGCCUACCGGACGAACUCUGGGAGAUGGUACUACUGGGUCCAUUCGCUCCCCUCAUCCUCCUCAGCCUACGCCACAGCGCAAUGAUGGUGCUUCUCGACGACCAUUUGGUGGUGAAGUUCGCAACCGAGGGCCACCUCCGCAGCCACCUCCUGCCAAUCAGAAGCCUACCAUAUCCACGUCUCUUACAAGGGUGAAUAAUUGGCUUGGUUUAUGUGGACAUAGCAGUCACAGUCAUCUUGUGGGCAGUGCAAGUCCACCAACUCUUCCUAGCAAACCUGUGAUCAAUCAUGGAAAACCAAAUGUGGCUCCAAAACCACCAGGAGUGGCUCCAAAUCGCCCAUCUCCUCCGCCUAAGAAGCAGACUAUGAAUGGGAGUGGCCGGACACCAGUGACACGCACCCAAAGUAUGCGUGUACCGAAAUCACCACCUGUGGCGCCACCUAUUGGACCUGUCUUCCCUGCAGGCAAAGAACUGGGCAAAGGCCCUAUGGCCUUUCAUCAGUCCCAGGACUCUCUCCACUGUCGCACAAAUCCUCCUCCUCCUCCUCGCACAAAUACAUUGCCUUCCAAUUUGAAUCAUCAUGGAGGUCAGAAAGCAUUUGCUCCUCUUCCUCCUUCAGCCCCUCCACCUCCUGCUCCAGUUAAUCGGUUUAUGCGACCUCCAGGCACCCGGCCUCCGCCUCCUCCUAUUCGUGUUGGAGGACCCAUGAAUCCACCUCCCGGACCCCCUCCACCUCCACCGCCUGUUGCUCCUCCACCCCCUCCUCCCCACCAUCAUCGAAAUUCCCCUGCCCCUCCUCCUCCACCAGCAGCUCUGCAGACACGGCUUACGCCUGCUUCUCCAUCAUGUGCACCGCCUUUGCCUCCCACGCGUAAUUCAUCUAUGCGAAAUGGCCCUGCUCAGACUACUUCAUCUGAUUUUGAUGGAAGAUUUGGCGAUUUAUUUCAUUGUGUGGAAGAAUUUCCCAUGCCCCAACAAUACCGACAAGUUAAAAAAGUUUACAAUAGUAAAAAUGCUCGACAGCCCACAUCUCAACAGGCUAAGCAACAAGCACCUCAACCUCCUAUGGUGCAAUUAAGUGGCCGAAUGUGGUCUGUAUUGAAACUACGCUGUACAUCAGAACUCCAUGUGCUGUGCUGUGCUGUGCUGAGCUCUGCUGUGCUGUGCUGGUGUGGUGUGCCCAAGAGUCGAGACUGUGUUCGUGUUGCAUUUGUUGAGUGGCUCUAAUGGAUAAUGGAGCACAUGCACAAAUAGCAAUUAAGGACUUACAUUCUGAAGACUGACUGUUGUGCUUUGAUGGCAUUCAGAUUUAUAAUCUAUGUUGAUUCGUGAGAUUUCUCUAUUCUUACGUAAACAUUUAAUUAUGCUUGAUAAAACUAUUUCUUUUGGGUUUAAUGUCACUUAAGUAUCUAUGUUUUAUUGUUAGAAUCCUUUUCAUUAAUAUUGUAAAAAAAAUUCUUGUAUUUUAAUCACUACUGCUAUUGAAUGUAACAUUUUUCCCCAUGAUAAUUUAUUGUAGUUCAUAGAUAAUUCUGAAUUUGUCUGGCAAGUGAGUGCAAUUACAUUUGGAAUUAUUUUCUUUUGAACAAGUCUCCUCGAUAAAGCAUUCAACUUGUGUUCCAACAUCACAUUGUUAUUACUUUUUGUAAAUGGGAAGGAGUGCGAAAAUGUUGCUUGCUGGUGUGUUUGAGCUUACUGCUUAUUUUAUUCCUGUCUAUUUGAGUUGGAUGGGAAGGUAGUAAUUUGAUCCAAACACGUUCAAAUUGAAAAUCAUUAAGAACUUGAUUAGAAAUGAUAAUGAUGUAAAUAAUUGUAAAGAACUCAGUUUUGAUGUGUGGAAUGAUUUUUUUUUUUUUUUUUUUGUCUAUUUUAUUUCAGUCAAAUAAUUGAAGACAUACUUACUAAUGCAGGUUAUCAAGAAUAUUGGUUAAGAGCUUAUAUUGAUUGCUUGUAUUGUGAAAAUGAUUUCAAGACAGUACCUUUGUUUCACUUUGAAUAAUUUGACUAUCUUUAUUCAAGAAAUGAUGUUGAAUUUUUAUAAUUCCAUGAAUAUUGAUUUAUCAUUGAACUUGUAAAUAAUAAUGUGAUCUUUAAUGUUAUGUUAAUUUUGGGAAAACAGUGAAGUGGUUUCUGUCAUUACAAAUAAAAGUCACAAGAAAUAGCCAGCAGAUGUUCCAGGAAUGGUGCUUUAUAAGCGUAAUAUGUAAGCUAAUAAUCAUAAUAGACAAGUAACUUUAAAUAUAAGUUUUCAAUUUUAGUACUGAUUUUGUCUUGAUGGUUAAAUAAUUACAGUCGAAGGCAAAGGUAAUUAAAUUUUCUUUUAAGUUCGAUUAUAAAUUUAAAAUAACAUUUCUGUACUUGAUAUCUACACUUUUUACCAUAUUGUGUACUUGAGAGUAGGAUUGUGACUAGUUUGCUACAUUAAAAAGUAUGCUUGUCAAAUUUAAUGGGUCACUAGAUCACAGCCACAAGCAUAUCCACUGCAGUUUGUGCAGUGCUUAUAUGUUCAUUUGCUCUGUACAUAUAUAGAUAUAUAUAUAUAAUUAUUCUGUUAUAAACCGUGUGUAUUAUUAUACAUAAGACUUUAAGAUAUUUAACAUGAUCUGUACAAAAUUCUUCUAUUUGUUUGUUUUUAGCAUUCAAAUGCAGUUGUAUCAUUGUACGUUAAAAUUAAAAUAAUUAUUAAUAGUUGUAUUAUGUUUAAAAGCUUCCAGCUAACAUCUCCAAAAAAUUAGUCAUUUUUGGAGAAAGUACUUAUAAGUAGGUAAAGUGAAAUAAACAUGAAGGGCUGUACGUUUGAAAUCGUAUAAGGGAGAAUUACGAUUAUGAAGAAAUAAAUAGAGGGAAUAAAUAUUUGAUUAUUCAUUUAUCAGUAGAUUGGCAUCUGUAACAAAUAUCAUAGUGGCAGUCAUUUUGCAGGGAGGGUGACAGGAGGGAUAAAAGCCCUAGGUGACUUGUGGAACUCCCUUUUGCAGGAUAUACUGUUAUGGAAAGACUGACAUGUAAAAUUGGGGAGUGGUAUCAAAAGUGGACCUUGGAAUUUUGGUUAAUGCCUCAGCAAUAUUUUAUUGAUAUAUUGACGUUAAUCCAGUGUACAUAGUUUCAAAAAUGUCAUGUUUUGUUAAAGCUUUUCAUGAAUUCAAUUGUGUACUCUGACAAUAAACUUAGAAAAGAUGGCAGGCAGGCUCGUAGACAGUGGCAGCAGUGAUGGUUAGAGCAGAAGUAGUAACAAGCAUUGUGCUUACUGGUACUCUUUGUUAGAUUUGAGAAUGCAGGCAUGCAGGGAAUUUACAUGCGAUUUUGAAAGCAUCUUCUUAAUAUUCCUUUCUUGAGCGUAUUUGACUAAUUUCGAAAUUACAGAAGUUUAAAAUUGUAUUGAGGUCUUCAUACAACCACUAUAGACCUAUUAACUAUGGAGAUUACAGAGAAAGUUAUUGACUGCUCCAGAAAAUCGAUUUCCAAUUUGAAUGGAAAUGCACGUUGAGGGAUCCCUGAUACACAAAAAGUGUUCGUUUUUUUCCCUUCAAAUUGUCCUGCAGUGAACAGUAAUAGUGCCUAAACCGUUUGUAGGAUUUUUCCCAAAGUAAAUAUCCCAUGGUUAAUCUGUCACAACUCAAAGCUCUGAGAUUUUGAAUAACUAAAAUUUGGGGUCACUUUACAUGAAACCCUUGAACAUUUUCAAAAUUUUCUUCAAAAAUGUCUCCUAGUUUUUCAUUAAAUUUCUUGUAAGAAUAGAGUGAAAUACACAUGUAAAAAUGGCAUUAGUUCUAUUUACUCUGUUACUCAAGAAUUUUCUGAAAUUAUAAAAUUUUGAAUUUUUUCAGCAUCUUUCUACAACUGCAAUAUUGAAGAUACCCUUUUUUUCUUCAAAUGAUAUUUAUUCUUCACUUUUAGUUCUUUAAU